AUGGAUAAUUAUAUGAACAGAUUUUUCGAACGUUGUAAAUCAUCUGAAUUUCUCUUAGGAGUUCAGAAAUAUUCUUUAUGUGAAAAAGGUCUAAAUGAAAAAUAUGGAAAAAAAGAUAAAAUAAUAAAAAAUGGGGAGUAUAAUGGUAAAAAUUAUGUAAAACAAAAUGAGUAUAAUAUAAUUGCAAGCAAAUUUGAGAAAAUAAAAAAACUAAGCCAUCCUAAUAUAUGUCGAUAUAUAAAUAUAAAUAGAAAAAAUAAUGAUUAUUAUAUUUUUUCGGAAUAUUAUAGCUUAUCCUUAUAUGAUAUAUUAAAUAGCGAGAAAAAAAAUACUGCCCAUUUUAAAUGUCUAAGGAAAAUAUUUGGAAUUAAAAGCCAAGAAAAUAGUACAAAAUCUUCUAAGAUGUGUGUAAAAUUGAAUGAAAAAAACAAAAUUAUAAAUCAUAUUAUUUUAAAAAAAAUAAUAUAUGAAAUAUUUAAAGGAGUUGAAUAUUUACAUUCAAAAAAUAUACAAUUUUUAAAUAUAACACCUCAUAAUAUUUUGAUAACAUCAAAAGGAAAAAUAAAAUUACACAACUAUUGUAUGUCUUAUUUAUUUGACAAUUAUGAAUAUAAUUCUAAAAAGAAAGACAAAGAAUUUUUUAAUAAAAAGCUAUUUAUUGAUCAUAUAAUUUCUAUAGAUAACUGUAUGUUUCAAGAAAAUAAAUUAAGUAGUGUUCGAAAUAUUCAGGACCCUAAAUAUUUGUCUGAUUUAUUAGAAAAUGAUGAAAACACAAUUUUGAACUCAUCUUUGGCUAGUCUUAAUGAUAAAAAAAUAGAAAGGGGAAAAAAAAAAAAAAAAAAAAAAAAAAAAUAUAUUUUUAUCGAAAAUUAUUUUAAAUAUUAUAAUUUUAGUGAAGAUAUGUUAUAUUUUGGACCCUUCUUUAUUUUUUUGAAUCUUUUUGAAAAUCAAAAAAUAAAAAUAAAUUAUGAUUUAUAUAAACACAUAGAUAUAUUUAGUGUUGGAAUUGUUAUAAUUCAAAUAAUAAACGGAUUAAUAGAUUUUCAAUUUAUAAUAGAUAUAUUUUUUUCUAAUUUUUCUUGUUCAAAAGUAAGUGAAAUUAUAAAUUUGAAACAAACCGAAUUUACAAAAAUAAAUAAUCAAGGGUGUGAUUCUGAAUUUAAACAAAAUAAUAAAACAGAUAUAUGUAUUAGAAAAUACAAAAAAAUUAGCAAAAUAUAUGAAUCAUUUAAAAUUGUUAAAAAUAUAUUACAAGAACGUAUGAACAAAUCAGAAGAAAACUAUGAUAAACAAAAAGAGCUAAAAUUUUUUUUUAGCAGUCUAUUAAAAAAAGAUGAUGUUAUAAAUAGAAUCGAAAAUAUUUUUAUACUUUUAUUAUAUAUAAAAUUGUAUUAUACAUAUAUAUCUUAUUACUCAGAUGGUAAAACAAGAGAAAAUAAGCUGAGAAAAAAAAAACAAAUAAGUUUGCUAAGCAUCAAUAUUUCCAAAUUGUUUGGCAAUCGGUACACUAAAAAAGGGAUAAUAAAUGAAAGAGAUGCUUCUCAAAAUGAAAGAGAUGCCUCUCAAAAUGAAAGAGAUGCUUCUCAAAAUGAAAGAGAUUCCUCUCAAAAUGAAAGAGAUGCCUCUCAAAAUGAAAGAGAUGCAAAUAUAAUCUACAAAAUAAUUAAAAACAUGGUGAACUAUUUAAUAAAAUGCAAUAUUGAUAUAAAUUGUAUUAAAAUAAUUGAAAAGAUAUAUACUGAAUUUUUUAGUAUAGAUAUAUUAGAACAAAAUACGAAAGAACUAUUUUUGGGGAAUAUGAAAAGUGAGAAGAUAUUUUUUUUUAAUUUUUUACACAAUUGUUUAUUAUUAACAUAUAAUAAUUUUAGUGCCAAAUCUUUGCUAUCUCAUUAUUAUUUUUUUGAAAUAAAAACAUUAUUAUCUAAUAAUAUUCCUAUAUUUGAAAUAGAUAAUAAUAAAAAUAUAAAAAGAGAUAAAAAUAGACAAACUCUUACUUAUAAAGAUCAACAUAAUGAGUUUAUAUCAUAUUAUAUAUAUUGUACAAAAGAUGAAAAAAAUGAAUUAAAAAAAAAAUAUUAUAUAAAUAAAAAAAAUAUAUUUUAUUGGUUCGAUUUAUUAUAUAAAUAUAAUUAUGAAGUAGAAUUAAAUAAUUCUAAUUUUGUUUGGAACCCUUGUAAUAUUUUAAAAAUACCAUAUUUAUUUUAUAAAAAAAAAAAAAAUGAUAAUUAUUUUAGCAUUUCGUUAUUUUCAAUAUAUAAAGAAUAUAUAUUAAAAAAAUAUGCCGAACUAUUUAAUAAAUAUGAAUUUGUUGAUAAAUGGCUAGAUGAUAUAACAAGAAAAAAAAAUAAAUAUCGAAGAUUUAAGAUUUGGAACUAUCAAAAUAGUGAUAAAGAUGGUAUUAAAUAUGUGGGGAAAAUUCCUAUAAAUUGUUUUAAUUUAUUAAAAAAAAAAAAUAAAAAAAUAAUAAAUAAACAUAUCAAGCGAAUGAAGAUAAAUGAUAAUAUAACAGAAAUAAGCAAAAGGUAUCAAAAUAUAAACGUUGAAAAUAAUAAAGAUAAUAUAAUAAAUUUAGACAUAGAAAAUAGUUUAAAAAUAGAUAAAAAAAAUAAUAAUUAUUAUACAUACGAAUCUGAUAGUAGCAUAUUUUCAAAUCUUUUAAACAUAUCUCAUGAUAUAAAAAGUGAAAAUUUUCGUUUUAAAAAUGGAAAUAUAAAAACAGUUGGAAUAUAUUUAGAUUCAUUCUUUGAAACAAUAAAAGAUGCAUAUUUAUUUAUUAAAAAUGGUGAAAAUGGUGAAAAUGGUGAAAAUAAUGAAUAUAAUGAUAUUUGUCUAUACAAUCGAAAUUUUAUAUUUAUUCACCAAUAUAGAUUAUAUAUACAUUUCCAACAAAUAUUAAAACAUGAAUCAGUAAAUAAUAUAAAACUAAUUAGAGAAAUUAAGUCAGGAUUUCCAUCAUUGAUUAGAAACAUUAUUUAUUUAGUUAUUCUCAAUUAUAAUUAUGCAAAUUUAAAACAAAAAUCUUUCGAAAAAAAUAAAAAAUUAAAAAUACACAUCAUAUUCCUUUGCCAAUAUAAUAAUGAAAUUCCAAACAAAUUGAAAAAAAUUUAUUUUAAAUAUAACGAUGAUUCUCAUUUUAAUGUUACUUUAGAAAAUUGGGUUCAUUUGAGAGGAAAAGACAAGGGGGCUAGUACUAGUAUGGCUGAAAAAAAAAUUGUAAGAAAAGGGGUAAGAAAAGGGGCAAGAAAAGGGGUAAGAAAAGGGGCAAGAAAAGGGGCAAGGAAUUUUUUUUUUUCGGAAAAAGUAAAAUAUGAAAACGAUUUAAUAGGGAGUGUAAAAUUUCAAAAAAGGGCAUUUGGAAUACUUGUAUUGUUAAGAAACAAAUUAAAAGUGACAAGCCGAUAUUUGAAAUAUUUGGUUGUGCCUAUAACUUUAUUAUAUUAUGAUAAUUUAUAUUUAAAUUAUAAAUGUGUUAAAAAAAUCGUAAAAAAUUAUUUACUUGAUAUAUAUACAAAUAAGUAUAAUUUAUUCGAAUUUAUUUACAUUUUUAAUACAUUGUUAAAUUAUUAUAUUCCUGAGCUAGCUAAAUUUUUUUAUAAAAAUAAAAUAAAUAUUACAAAUAUUAUAAAAGCAUGGAUAUUAUCAUUAUAUUGUAAUUUUUUUGAUAUACAAAAUUCUUUUUUACUUUUAGAUUUUAUAUUAAUACAUUCACGAUCUUGUUUGUUAUUUAUAUCAAUAAGUAUAUUAAGUUAUUUAAAAAAAUAUAUUUUUAAAUCUUCCAAAAAUAAAAUUUAUCAAGAUAUUUUUACUUUAACACAUUUAAUCAAUUUAAAUUAUAUUAUACGUAUGUCUAAAUAUUUAUAUAAAACGUGUUCUAUCAUGUAUACUACAUUUCCUAGCCACACCCCAAACCAGCAUAGUAUCUAUUCUACUGACUUAAAAGUAAAUAACAAUAAUUGUAAUCAAAAUGAAAAUCAGAUUGCGAAUAAAAAUCAUAUUGCGAAUAAAAAUCAUAUUAAUUGUCUAUCCUAUUUUAUGAGCAAAAAAGAAUGGAGUAAAUAUUAUGUACAUAGAAACACUUUCAGAGUGUACAAAAAAGUUGUUAAAAAUAAAAGAGGGUGCAAUAAAAAAUGUCCGACAAAUAUAUAUUGCAAACAAUGUAGUUAUAGCUAUUCCCCCCAAAAUGGUAAAAAUUGUAAAAAAACAAAAUCGUUAAAAGAAGGCAAAUAUUAUGAAAAUUUUUUAAUGUGCUAUCGAGCAAACAAAUAUAAAAAUUUACAUGAAUAUGUUUCAUAUGAAAAGAAAGGUAGCUAUUUGAAAUGCCAUGAAAAAAAUGAAGAAAUAACAAAAAAAAUAAAUAAUGUUAAUAAUAGUAAUAAUCAUAAUCUGUGCUAUAAAAGUGAUUGUAGUGUUUCCAAUGAAAUGGGUAUAUACUAUAGUAUAAUAAAUGUUAAAAAAGAAAAUAAAAUAAAAUUAAAAAAUAAAGAUAUGAUAAGAAUAAUUAGCUUCCCAAUGUUUCCAUUUUUUUACGUUACAAACUUAUCUAAUGAGUCAUCUCUCAACCAAUAUAUAAUUGUUGAUGUACGUCCUGUCGAAAAAUUUAUGACCAAGCGAUUUAAAAAUUCUGUACAUGUUAAUGCUUUUUUUACAAACUUUAAAAAAGGCAUUUAUAAAAAUUAUGUCAAUGGUAGUGAAAAGGGAUGUGAUAGUGAUUAUUAUGAUGAUCAUAUUUUGGAUAAUUAUGAGUUAAAAUUUAAUCUAAAGACAAUAAUUCUUGUAUUUAGUGAUGCAAUAUUUGAUUUCGAUAUAAUACAUAAUUUUCUAAAUUUAGAAAUUAUGUUUGUAACUAUAUUACGUGAGGGAUUUGAAUAUGCCGUUAAUAAUUUACCAUCAAAUUAUUUUACAUAA